AUGAGCAUUGAAGCUAGAAAUUUCAAGCUCCCUUUAAUAGGGAGAAUAAAAAGAUCUUCAAUUGAUGAAUCAUUUUCCUCUUCUCUCACCCAUAGAGAAAAAAGAAACAGUACCCAGUCACCGCCUAAAAUAAAGCUAGAUAUUAAAAGACAAACAUUAAGAAAACUAUUCCUCGCUUCAAGAGAAGCAGCAAAUAAAUCACUAGACUGCCAAACAACUCGUGUGGGCCCACAUGCCAAAUUAGAAUAUUUUGACUGCUACCUUAAUCUUCCUUCUCUUUGCCAGCGUCAUAAAUUUGAACAAGUUGAAGACCCACCAAGUUUAGCCUAUCUUGAAGAGGUUGACAAAGAAAAGCUCAACCCAAAGCCAUUUGGAAUAGUCAAGCGCAAAGGCCCAGAAUCCUCAAUUGAUAUCCAUAAUUACAGUAUGGGUGACAACUAUGCUAAUGCAUUUUCUGAAGGAUUAGGACAUCUUAAAGAAAUUGAUAUCCUCAAUGUAAGAGAAAACAGGCUAAGCGAGUUUGGAAGUGCAAGAGUCAUUUCAAAACUGUCAAAUAAACGUAUAAAAAGAAUAAUAUUGGCUGGAAAUAUCAUAGGCACACAAGCAGUUAAUACCUUGAUUGAGCUAUUGAACGAAAAAUACAGCCAGCUAAAGCAUUUGGAUUUAGAAAAUACAAAAUUAAGCGAAAAACAUAUAGGAAAAAUAUGUAACUGUGUAUCAGAAAAUAAAACAUUAAGUAGUUUAAGCUUGGCAAGAAAUAACAUUGGGGAUGAGUCUGCCAAAUUUAUUAGAGAAAUGAUUAAGAUUAAGAUUAAGAUUACGAUGGGUAUUUAAGGUCCCUACUACGUCCGAGGUCGCAUGCCACGGUUUCCCGUGUGGUGGCAGAGCGUUCACCAAGCCCGGGCCGAAACCCCCGGUUUCUCGGUAGAGGUAUUGUCAAGGGCCGUCUCAUACCGGCUUUGCUGACCACCUCCAUUUCCAACUUGGAUCGUCGCCUAAGUUUACGCCAACUCCGCUUCGUCGUCCGCCAGAUCUGCCCAUUGAAGGGCACCUUUUCAACUGGAGAGACCCCCGUUUAGUUGUCUAACUCGCCUUCCCCUCUUUUCCGGUCAUCCCGAGAAAGAACUCAACAGCUUUCGCCAUUCGGGGCGAGCCACAAAAGCAGCUUAGGCAGGUAAGUCGCCCUGCCUCAUUUCGGGCACUCACUGGGCUGAGCGCUGCUGGCAAAAAGAAGUCACGAGUAACUGCCCAUGGGUCUGGUCGCAAAAACAGCGGCUCUCGCGCUUAGGCCUCUCGCUUCGAGGUCCCAGACGUUGUUGGGCUAACUCCUGGCUCCAAAAACCAUGCCCGGAUAUACAUGGGUAACCACCACUGAGAGAGGGUGGGUCGGUCGCCAUACGCCAUUUUAUGUAUAUAUUAGAGAAAUGAUAAGAUAUAAUCAGCAGCUGAGGGUGCUAGAUUUGCAUUGGAAUAAUAUUAGAGGGACAGGAGGGAUUGAGAUUUUUGAUGGGAUAAACCAGAAUGAUGGACUUCAGCAGCUAGAUUUGUCAUGAAACGCACUUGGAAGGAAUCAUAACAUUGAAGCUGCAUCAGCCUUGAGCCAUGCUAUACAAACCAAUACAACUCUUCUUCACCUUGAUAUCUCAUAUAACUCUUUCACAUCAAAAGAAUGUGAAGAACUCACAAAUGGUUUAAAUCAAAACCAUACACUCCUCGGUCUCCACGUAUAUGGAAACAGUUGUACUAUAAAUUCUCGAGGAUUUCUCACUCCUACUUCUACAAACAAUAAUUUCGAAAAUUCGCAUCAUUUUCGAAGAAUGACUCAUUUUGAUGCUCAAGCACACAAAAAAGAAGAACGCCUCAACUGCUGAAUAUGCGAAAAAUGAGAAGAAGUGACCAUUAGAUGGAUCCCUGGGGUAUCUGGAACCUUAGAGGAACCAAUUUUUCUUCAUUUAGAAUGUGAUGAGUACAAACCAGAAUAUUUAUUAAAAAAUAGCCAAGGGAUUUAUGAAACUACAAGGGUUAUCCCUCCAGGGGUAAACAGCUUCUUUUUCAGCAACCUUGAAGGUCCUGCUGUCUCUUUAGAAUUUUCUAACGAAACUAUUGAUAUUCCUUUACAAAUAAAAAUUCAAGAAAAAGCUUAUAAAAUUACUUAUAUAAAUAGGCAUGAUUUUAAAGGAAUUCCAUGUGAUAUUAAAGAUAUUUUUAAUAGUAAACCUAGAGAAGAAGCUCCUUCAUAUAUUCCUAGAGAAAUGGAAACAGAGUAUGAAAGAAUUGUAUGGACUGUUCCACAAAGUCUAUUUAAGAAUUAUGACUUUGAUACGGAAAACAAGUAUAUGGACGGCUUUGAGUUCGAUUUUAGACAUACUCGCAUCCCAAAUUUUGUGAAAAAGCCUGAAGAUCUUGAGGCUGUAAAAGAGUAUCUUAAAAAGAUAUAUAAAGAUUUAUGCACAUUUAUGUUGAUAGGGUCUAUAGGAAAUAAAGUUAGAUUAAUCAAUAGUACACAAGUUUCUAUAAAAUUGUGGUAUCCUAUACAAAUAGGUAUAAGAGAAACUUAUAGGUUUCUAUCUGCUGGGAGUGGGAGUGAAAUUUUUUCUAUCACUUCAAAUUCUUUAUUAGAUUUUUUAAACCAAGCAAGCGUUUUUGAUGACCAUUUCAGCAUCAGUGAUCUCGGGGUCCUAUGAAAUUCUGUAAAUUCUCAGACAAACAAGGAUCAAAUUUAUAACUCAGGAAAUGGUCUUUGCAGAUAUGAAUUCAUAGAAAUAAUCGCAAGAAUCGCAAAUGAUAAAUACGUCAAGCACAAAAUUGUCUCAAAUGCUGCAGAAGGCAUAGAAAAACUUACCAAUGACCAUUUAUUACCUAUAAUAACCCUCUAUGACACCAAUAAAUGAAGAUUAGAAAAAUACGUCUGUGAAGACGUAGAUUUAGUAUUAAAAGCUUAUAAGCCUAUCCUCGAUGCUGUCUAUAAGCGAUACAGUGGCAAAAAAGCGCUUCCAGGCCAAAAACCUUUUAUGAGUCUCGAAGAGUUCAGAGCCCUUUGCAAUGACGCAAACUUACAAAGCAGCACUUUUGCAGCGAGAGAAGUCGAUGUGUGUUAUAGUCAAUCAAUGAUGACUCAAAUAGAUGAUCUUUAUCAAAAAAGGCAUUUAGAGAUGAGCUUUAUUGAAUAUAUUGAAGCUGUAAGCAGGGCUGCUUAUUUAGCUAAUCUUCCAAAAAUUGGGGAUGAAGAAACUGUAGAGGGAGAAGAAGUGCCUGCUUGCAAAAGAAUUGAAAAUGCUAUGGGAUAUUUAUUGAGAGUGUGCCCACAAGCGCUUAAAGACACUUUUGUGCCGCCAACAGAAGAGACUUAUAGAAAAAUGAUGUAUCGAGCUAAGCCAAAAAGCUAA